UCGUUCCCGCCCGGCCCUUCAACCGCCCGCCGCUCCUGGGUCGCGUCUGUUCGGAGUCGCCGCCGUUGCCGCAGUUGUCGCCGCCUGUUCGGGCUCCGAGCGGCCCGAGGUGAGGCUGGGCCAGGCAUGGGCCUGAUCUUCGCCAAGCUGUGGAGUCUCUUUGGGAACCAAGAGCAUAAAGUAAUCAUAGUGGGGCUUGAUAAUGCUGGAAAGACGACCAUUCUUUACCAGUUCUUAAUGAAUGAAGUUGUUCAUACUUCUCCAACCAUAGGAAGCAAUGUAGAAGAAAUAGUGGUGAAAAACACCCAUUUCUUAAUGUGGGAUAUCGGAGGACAAGAAUCAUUACGGUCGUCAUGGAAUACCUACUAUUCAAACACAGAGUUCAUCAUUCUCGUUGUUGACAGCAUUGACAGAGAGCGGCUUUCUAUUACAAAAGAAGAACUUUAUAGAAUGCUGGCUCAUGAGGAUUUACGGAAGGCUGCAGUUCUCAUCUUUGCAAACAAGCAGGACAUGAAAGGUUGCAUGACAGCUGCUGAGAUAUCCGCAUACCUCACCCUUAGCUCCAUAAAGGAUCAUCCAUGGCACAUUCAGUCUUGUUGUGCUUUGACAGGAGAAGGGUUAUGCCAAGGCUUGGAAUGGAUGACCUCCCGUAUUGGAGUGAGAUAGUUGUUUAGUUUUUUCAAAAGAAGAGACUUCUAUUUAUCCUGUGAACAUGUACAUUUUUCUGUACUUCUGGCUGCUGAGCCAGUGACCAUGUUUAAUUUAUAUCAACCAAUCUGUAAGCUGUACUUGAAUCAAGUGCAGUUGAACUGAAACACAAAGUAUUUUCUUAACAUUUUUUAAUACACUAAUCUUCAGCUUGAUGGACAUAUGUGAAUCUGUUUUUAAACAUUUAAAUUCCUCUGACUACGUAUUCUAACUUUUUCAAUGAUAGCUUUUUAAAAUCUGUUUUGUCAUUGCCAAUAUUUCAUACUACUUCUUUUUAAAAAGUUUAUAUAACUUACUAACAUAAAUCUAGAUAUUUUGUUUAAUAAUGGCAAAAGUAGGCAGUAGGUUGAUGUUACUUUGGCACAGUUUUUAAUCUCCGAAGUUGGGCUUCUUGGAACAUCAGCGGACUUCUACCCAGCACAGUAGUUAGUAGUUAUUAAUGCUGAAGGAGUUAGUUAUAGUUAAUAUUAAGGUAGCUUUUAACCUGGUAUGUAAUUUAAUUUCUGCCUUAAAAGAAAUCUAUUAUUCUCAUUUUGUCUGAUAAGUAGUUGUAGAUUAUGAUUCUUUUUUGUUUACCUGAAAAUGGAUCUUUGCACAGUGAAUAACAGUUUUCUUAUUAAGUGUUGGUUUAUUCAUUUAGACCUUGAAAACUUUUUUUUAAGAGUAAACCCCUUGAUGUUUGGAACCAUAGCAGUCAGUUUUAUGUGUAGACUUGCUGUAAUCUGUUAACAUUUUAAAUACUGUACAUACAUGAGCCUUACCUUUUGGUGAGAGAGGUGUUUUCUGAAUGAAUGUAUAAUCAAAAGGGAAGCCAGAUUUAUAAACGGAACAAAAUCAUGGUGCUGUAUCUGUGGACUUCACAAUGAAGCUAAUCUUGACCUUUAUGUAAAUGUUUUCAGUUUUCAUUGCACAGAAAAUAUAUUGCCUUAUUUUUUUUAUUCUUAUUUGCAGGAGGGGAGAACUAAUUCUAUACUUUGUGAAACUUAGGAACUGGAAGUUUAAAAAGUAGAGAGCUUCCAGUUAAAAAACAGGUGGCUUAGUAACUCUUAAUUCAACUUGAAGGUGAUAGAAUUAGAUCUGUAAGGAGAAUCUAAAACAACAGAGUAAACUAAUUGAGCACGUUAGGUACAAACAAAGCCCAAACCCAGAGGGGAGAAAAAGAAAAGAAUGAAACUGGGCUCUCAAUUACUGGUGGAAUCCCACUAGCAAUGAGAUGCAUAAUCUGCAUAAAUGCUUGGCAGGCUUCCAAAGGAGAUGUUUUAUACUUGUGCAUGCCUGAACACUACUUGGAUCCUGGUCAUUAGAAACAUUUUGCUAAUUGGCUGGAGUUAUUUAUUGAUAAAAUGGUUGUGAUAAACCUGGUUUUGAUAAUUCAAGCACAAUAAGUUGUUGGAUCUUUUUUUUUUUUUAAAAGAAAAAUUAAGUUUUGUAAAUUUUUAAUUUGGUUCCAAUUAUAUUUGAACAAACCCUUAUGAAAUUUUAAAAAUAUUGUCAAAUACAUUGUGCUAAAAGGAGACUGCGAAUAUGUCUGGAAUUAGUGAUUGGUCGAACAAAGUUAUAUAUUAAUGCUGGCUAGCGAAAAUCACAUUCGGCAUAAAGACUGUGUUGACUGUCAAGUCAAAACGCUCAGAAAAAAACAUAGAUUAUACUUAAAAAUAGAAGGCAAGUUAAAGAUCCAGCGCUGAAGCUGCUUGCUGUGAAGUUCAUGCUAACAUCUGUUCAAAUGCAUGAAAGUAAGUUUUGUUCUCAAAGUAUAAAUUAAAAAAAAAAUAAACGUUACAGUGAAUGGUUUCUUGUUUGGUGACUUGAUUUCCAUUUGUAAUUUAAAUUUAUUUUCAGUUUUAUUUGUAUGGUUUAGGAUGUAAUCCUGUGUAUUUAGCUCUUGCAUGGCUGGUUCUUUUUUUUUUAAAUCAGAAUUUAAUUUUAAAAAGUUUAAAUCCCUUAUCACUUCUUAAAGACCUUUGAAUACCUUUGCAGAAAAAGUAGUUCUUGGCAGUAGCAAUGAUUAUUUUACCAGCUUUCUUAGUUUAUUACAACAGUUUUCCACUUAUAUCCGCUUGUCAACAGUAUUGCAGCUUUUUGAUGUGGGAUUUUUGAGUUGGUAUUACUUUCGGAGCCUUUUAACUCCGUGAUUCAACUAUAAUCAAUUUUAAAGUGGAGUGCUUUAGAAUAUUGCAGCUUUCUUGGCACUGAGACUUUUUUCCAAAACUUUGUUGAUGCUAAUAAGGCUAAUAUUAUUCAAGGCUAUGUUAGGCAAAAUAUCACCGGUAGCACUGACAGAGUUUGCCCAGGAAGAUGGUAAGAGUCUUUGUUCUUGGAGAUCUUCAAAAGCCGUGUGGAUGUGGUCCUAGCUCCCUGCUCCAAGUGAUUCUCCAGGUGGCAGCAGGAAGUUGGGUUGCAUGUCCUGCAGAGAUCCUUUCCAUCCUUUCCAGCCUCAACCAUUCUGGGAUUCUGUGGAAAAACUGCAUACAUUUGUUAAGCUAUGUGUAGAUAGUAAAUAAGCUUUACAGGAAGUUUUAUAUUUCCCUUUUUGUACCAUUUGGGAUGCUUAUUGGUCUUCUGUGGCUGAAGAUGAAACAGUUUUUUUCUGUUCUUUACUGUAUCGUUCACUGUCACUGCAGAUUGCAAGCAUGUCUUUCUAUUAUAAUUCAUGUAUGUAAUUGUUUUUAAAUUACACUAUUUUUGUAAACAAACUGUUCACUGUUAAACACACAACUUAGAUUUCUUUCUAUUUUAAAACAAAAAUUUCAUAGUCAAACUGC